AUGACACAACAAAGAAAGACCAUUGCCGUGGUGAACGCUACGGGUCGCCAGGCGGCGUCUCUGAUCCGUGUCGCUUCGGCAGUGGGCCACCAUGUUCGCGCUCAGAUCCAUUCGCUCAAAGGCCUCAUCGCGGAGGAAUUACAAACCCUGCCAAAUGUCACUCUCUUCCAGGGCCCUCUUCUGGGCAACACAGAGCUGAUGGAUUCCCUGUUCCAAGGGGCUAAUCUUGCGUUCAUCAACACUACCUCCCAGUCUGGCGACGAAGUCGCGAUCGGACGCGCCUUGGCCGAUGCCGCCAAGCGAGCAGGAACCAUUCAACACUACGUCUAUAGCAGUAUGCCCGACCACUCUGUGCAUGGACCUUGGCCUCCGGUGCCCCUUUGGGCUCCCAAGUUCACCGUGGAGAAUUACAUUCGUCAACUCGGUCUGCCCUCGACCUUCGUCUACGCCGGAAUCUACAACAACAACUUUACGAGUCUACCAUACCCCCUCUUCCAGAUGGAGCUGAUGCAGGACGGAAGCUUUGAAUGGCACGCACCUUUCGACCCGGAUAUUCCUCUCCCGUGGCUGGAUGCUGAGCAUGAUGUGGGACCGGCGCUGCUGCAGAUCUUCAAGGAUGGGCCCAAGAAGUGGAAUGGUCAUCGGAUCGCCCUCACAUUCGAGACGCUCUCCCCGAACCAGGUCUGUGCGGCAUUUUCGCGCGCUCUCGGUCGCCCAUGCCGCUACGUUCGCGUGCCCAAGGUCGAAGUCAAGGUCAACAUCCCGCCCGGCUAUCGGGAACAAUUGGAGGCCAUUGAGGUGGUGUUUGGACAGUGCGAUGCACCCUACUUCCCGCAGCCCGAAUUCUCCCGCCCUGCGGCCGGGUCGCCGAAGGGCCUGGGCCCAGCCAAUGGCAAAGGUGCGGGUGCGGGAAUGAUGCAGGGUCCCGGAGGGGUCAUAUCAUUGCGUGUUACGGAUGAGGCCCGGCACCUGUGGCAGGGCUGGCGAGACAUGGAGGAAUACGCGCGCGAAGUCUUCCCCGUGGAAGAGGAAGCGAACGGGCUGGACUGGAUGUUGUGA